AUGGACAGCGAGUCCGCUCAGCAGCAGGAAGCGAGGGUGGAGCACCUAUGGAGGAUACUAGAUACCCGGGGAGAGGGCCAGCUAAAUGCUGCGGACCUGAAAAAGGGACUGGCAAAGAUGGACCAUCCACUCAAGCAUGCCGAUGAGCUUCUAAGAGACGUGUUGCAUGCUGUCGAUUCGAACAAGGACGGCAAGAUACAAUUCCAAGAGUUUUGUGCCUUUAUCAAGGAGACGGAGCGGGAGCUUUGGUCACUGUACAAGAGUAUCGACAGCAACGAUGAUGGCAAGCUCGACAAGAAUGAGCUCCGAGCUGCUUUCAGCAGAGCGGGGUUGGCAGUGCCGAAUUCGAAGCUCGACCGUUUCUUUUCCGAGGUUGACACCGAUCACGAUGGAGUCAUAAGCUUCGAAGAAUGGCGGGACUUUCUAAUCUUCCUACCCACCCACACCACGACCCUACAAUCCGUUUUAUCCUACUACUCGUCGACCGUCCAGGUGAACCCAGAAGGGGACGUCAUUAUCAGUGACGAGACAAUACACGGCCUAGGUACUACACUCUUCAAUUCUUUCUUUGGCUCCAUCGUGAGCAUCGCCAAACCUCCGAGACGCCAAAUGGUUUUCGAUGAGAUCCUUGCCGAAGCGCGACAACCCGCGCCUUUGACGCGAUCACUCCCGCCCGGCCGCGUUCAACCUGUUCAGCUGCCGUCGCCGGACGUGUCCGUUGGCGACUGGACAGCAUGGGAAUCUUGGAAGUCGACGCUGAUUGCUUGUGUGCCGAAUCCAGGCUAUUUCGUGGCGGGAGGCCUUGCGGGCAUAGUCUCUCGAUCGACAACGGCGCCUCUAGAUCGACUCAAAGUUUACCUCAUUGCGCAAACCGGUGUUGCGCAGAAAACUAUUGAGGCGGCGAAAUCAGGUGCUCCGCUCAAAGUUGCGAAGAGCGCAUGGAGGCCUCUAGCAGAUGCAUGCAAAGAACUAUGGGCAGCUGGCGGUAUGCGAAGCCUCUAUGCAGGGAAUGGCUUGAAUGUGAUCAAAGUUAUGCCAGAGUCCGCAAUCAAAUUUGGCUCAUACGAGGCUUCGAAACGUGUAUUUGCCAAGCUUGAGGGUCACAACGAUCCCGAUCGGAUUCAGUCGUGGUCUAAGUUCGUCUCUGGCGGCGUUGGAGGCAUGAUCUCUCAGUUCGCUGUCUAUCCUAUCGACACUCUGAAGUUUCGCAUGCAAUGCGAAACUGUUGCCGGCGGCCUCCACGGAAACAGACUCAUAAUUGCGACGGCCAAGAAAAUGUGGGCUCGCAAUGGCAUAGUCUCCUUCUAUCGUGGAUUACCCAUGGGUCUUGUCGGGAUCUUCCCAUAUGCCGCCCUCGAUCUCGGAACAUUUGAGUACCUCAAGCGCGCCAUCACCGUGCGUAAUGCUCGCAAGAAUCGCUGUCACGAGGAAGAUGCUCAGCCCGGCAGCUGGGCUACUGCUUUCAUCGGUGGCUUCAGCGGUGCUUUCGGGGCCAGUGUGGUCUACCCGCUCAAUCUGCUUCGAACGCGGUUGCAGAGCCAGGGAACCGCAGUACAUCCUCGCACAUAUACCGGAAUAAUGGAUGUCACGCGCCAAACAAUCCAAGGAGAAGGCUUUCGCGGCUUGUUCAAAGGGCUGACACCGAACCUCCUCAAGGUGGUGCCCGCUGUGUCUAUAACCUACGUUGUAUACGAGAAUUCAAAGAAGCUGCUCGACCUCCGCUGA